CCUUGAGACAUUUCACACUAACAUGGACACAGGUAUCUCUGUCAGUAUAAUGUUUUUCCAUGAUGUAGGGGUGAAUUUUAAAGACACAUUGGACACUUUUUGCUGUUGUCUGUCAGGCUGGAUUUAAGCAGGAAACACGAGAAGUCCCUCGUCUGCGGAGUUCUGGGCUUGUAUGUAAAAUGUGUGGUAAGAGUUUGCGUCUUUCUUAUCUUUGACCAAAUUUUGUACACAACACUACGUUCAUACUUAAAAUUUAGGAUAUUCUAGCCAAGAAAGUGUUGCAACUGGAUGUAUUUAAGGACGCAAAACGACCGAACAUAUCCUGGUGUUAGUAAAUAAACGCAGUUUAAACGUUGCGUUUUGGCGCUACUGCAGCUUUUGACGCUGUUUUGUGUCGCUGUCCAAGGUGCUAAGGCACUAUGCGUGACUUUGGGAAACCCCAAAGUGACGACAUGUGGACACACUUAUCAUGGGUUAAGUUUAGUGACACGUUACCAUAGAGAUACCAUGUGACGUCCUGAGUCAAGUGGGUCAGAUCUGCCUUAAAUAAACGAGUUAAGUCCUAUUUCUAACCUCACCUGCUGCACUUCUGAACGAGACUUGUGGGUUGUGGCUGAAUUUGUUCACCAACAACUGUUGCUUUUGCUCUGAGACUCAGACAGGUGAGAGAGAUGCAACAUGGGCAGGAAUGGGCCAAAGAGUGACUCCAGGAAACCAAAGAGUCAAUUAUCAUGUCACAAAGCAUCCUGCAUGAACCCCUCCACCUGGAGCUGAGCCCCCGGUGGAGUGUGUGUGAAACAAGAACUCACCAGCCUCCAUGGCUCACUCUUCGGACCCAUCCCGCAGGGAGAAAACCCCCGGGACCCAAGGGUCGCACACAGUUAUACGCAACCUUUUGCGGAAGAAGGAGCAGCGUCGCCGUGGAAUCCGAUCUUCCUCGCCCAUGGGCCGGGUCAUCCUCAUUAACUCACCUGUGGAUGGUGGAGAUGACAGCGAAGACCUCCAUACAAUCACUGUGGAUAAGAGUGUGGAUGGGAAGCUCGGGUUUAGUGUGCGUGGAGGCUCAGAACAUGGCCUCAGCAUCUUCGUCAGUAAGGUGGAAGACAACAGCACCGCACAGGAGGCAGGGCUGCUUGUAGGAGAUAAACUGGUGGAGGUAAAUGGCAUCAGCCUGGAGAGCAUCACCAUGAGCAGCGCUGUGAAGGUCCUGACAGGCAACAACAGGCUGAGGAUGGUGGUGAGGCGGGUUGGUAAAGUCCCUGGCAUCCGCUAUUCCAAAGAGAAAACUACAUGGGUGGACCUGAUACACAGGCGCAUGGUGGUGGAGGAAAGUGGAAGAACACCUUCAGAGGCCAGUUCAGGCAGCGCCCUGCAGAGGAUUGUCCACCUUUACACCACCUCCGAUGACUACUGUCUGGGCUUCAAUAUCCGAGGUGGAAAGGAGUUUGGUCUGGGCAUCUAUGUCUCUAAACUGGAUCCAGGAGGACUGGCCGAGCAAAACGGAAUAAAGAUGGGGGACCAGAUCCUCGCCGCCAAUGGGGUGAGCUUCGAGGACAUCAGCCACAGCAGUGCUGUGGAGGUGCUGAAGAGCCACACACAUAUCAUGCUGACCAUCAAGGAAGCAGGACGAUACCCUGCCUAUAAGGAGAUGGUGGCAGAAUACAGGUGGCUCAAUAAACUGGCCAAUGGUACUCAGAAAUCUUCCUCCCAGGGUUCAGACUCUAACUCUUCAGCCUCCUCACUCUCAUCUGGGACUCCGGUCAGCUCUCUAAGCGGUCUGUCACAGGUCAUGUUCCCACCCAGCCUGCCUUUUGGUUCAGAUAUGGUGGACGUCUGCAUCUCCACUGAGGACCAGAUGUCUGAGUCAGAGCGAACUGAAACCGCCAUCCAGACAGACUUUCCUUCUCAAAGGGCAGCUGGAGACACCACUCGCAGCCUUGGACCAACCACUCUGCUCAAAGACACAGCGAUUCGGGAAGAGGAAGGCAGGGGAAAGAGGGAGUCGCCCAAGACAGCUGUGCUCCUGGCGCUCAGCAGACCGAGUCGACCCAUCAGCAGGUCACAAAGCCAAGUCACUGUAGCAGAAAUAAAGCAUAACAAGGAGAAGAAACAGAAAGGGAAAGACCCAGAAGAGAAGAGCACCCUGCAGCGCUCAAAGACUUUUGUUAACUUGCUCUUCAAAGGAGGACGCAGGAGAGACACCACCAGAGGGCGCUCCAAGUCCCCAUUCAAAGACAAGGCUGGCAGAGAGUUCAGUGUGAUGCCAAAUUCAGAGAUGCUUGGAGUGGUGGAGGACAUGGCCCGCAGGCUGCUAAAUGAGGAGGAGGUGGCUGAUGUGAUGAAGACGUGCCGAAGGUACAUAGCGGAGCAAUCAGUGGAGAACUUGAUACGUAACGUGCUGGUUGUGCUGGAUCGGCCUGAAAAGUUGCUGCUGCUAAGGGAAAUCAGAAUGCUGCUUCCACCAUCCCAUCUGAAUGUGUUCAAUAACAUGGUGAGCGCCAUUGAAGUUGAAGCCUAUGACAUCCUCAAAUGUCGCUCAGUUCGAACUCCUCCUCUUCGCUCUCCUGCAUCAGGUCGAGCACCCAAACGGCGCCUCAUCACUCCUAUUCCAGAUUACAGGGGACGCUUUGAGCUCCACACUGCUGAGGAAGUGGAGAAGGAGAGCCACCUACUGGAGGAGCUAGAGAAGCUUAGCCUAACUGGUCCCAGAGGAUCCAGGGAGAGACCUCAGACCUCCAGGUCCUUCACACCCCUGCUGGACAUACCGGUGGACGGAUAUAGCACACAAUCCAGAGACCUCAGAUCCCCCUCUAGCAGCACAGCUCUCCCCAACUGGCUGCUGGCUCACAGCAGCGACUCCCACCCUCCUCUGCACACAGACAUCGGCACAAUUCGCUCUGUCCACUUUGAUGAGGUUUCACUGCACUCGACUUCAGACAGUGCAGAGAGGGGACGGACCCUUUUCAGAAACAGUUCCUCUAAAAGCAAAAAGGAGAAAAGUGGAGACAGGAGUAAAGACAGUGUGUUCACACUGCAAAGCGCCACCCGUAGGAGUCGGCCCUUGUUGUCGCAGGUUUUUGGUUCAAGUCAGGAUCAACAAGUAGGGAGUGAACAGAUGAAUGGCCAUCAGGGUUCCUAUGACAACAGAAUCAACGGAAACGACUUUGAACAGGAGUAUGAGCUCAAAACUGUCAACAUCUCCAAAACCAAACAAUCACUGGGCAUCAGUAUAUCAGGUGGGAUGGAGUCAAAAGUUCAGCCGGUGGUGAAGAUAGAGAAGAUCUUUCCUGGAGGAGCUGCCUCUACCUGUGAAGUGCUCAAGGCUGGGUUUGAGUUGGUGUCUGUGGAUGGAGUCUCCCUGCAUGGAGUUACCCACCAGCAUGCUGUUGACAUAAUCCGAAAAGCCUUCAGUAAUAAGGCCAAAGACCCCAUGGUGUUUGUGGUCAAAGUUCCCAAAAACCUUUGAGAGACUGAGAUGCCCACCUGAGGCCAGUAUGUGAUUUUGCCAUUAAUGUAAAGUGAUCAAUGAUGACAUGGAUGCUCUCAUCAAAUGAAAUAUAUAAUACAGCCUCAAUGAUCACUGGAACUUAAGAACUGGAAAUGCAGAAAGUGAAACUUGUGUGUACAAAUCAUGAAAUGAUGAAAAAUGGUGCUCUUGAUGCCUUCACAUGUAACUUUACCACAAAACAGGAGCAAACACUUGUCAAAAAACAGGUAGAUCUCUUUUUAUAUUUAUGUUGAACUAAAAUCCACUUCCAAUAACAGUAUGUGUAUAAUCCUGACUUUUAAAAUGUGUGAGAUGAUAAACUGAGCUGGAACCUGGGUGCCUUUUAAAGUCCUGAGGAAAUUAUACAUUUCCAGUUUUGACCUGUAAGGGCAGACAUGAGCCAUUCAGAGACAUUUCUGCUCUGGGUCACAACCCUGAAUGUCAAGGUAAAACUUGAAAUAAUUUAAGUAUGUAAACAUGGCAAGUACUAGAAACUAGAUUAGCUAGGUUUAGGUACUUGCAAGCAAAUACUUAAAGUUGAACUACUUGCGUAUUGCAAACCCUUUAAAAAUGACACGCAUGAUUUGUUGAAUUGUUAAAUACUACAAGGUAAUGUACAUAAAAUACAGAGACAGAUCUUAAAUUUUGUCCUUUUUAAUUAAAA